AUGAGCGUCGGCGGGGCGCCCCGCGUGAGCAGCAGCAGCGGCGGCGGCAGCAGCGGCGGCGGCGCAGAAGAUGGUGAUGGCGGCGGAGCCAAGUCGGCCCACCAAUCGCCCCGGCAUGCGCGCCGCUCCAGCGUGGCAGGCCCCGGCGCUGCCCACCAGGAUCACGCCCCCUCCGGCGGCGGCGGGGGCGGCGGCGGGGGCGGCGGCUACGCCGCCGUGCUGCUGUCGCGCAUGCACUCGUCCUCGCCGCGGCACGCGGCGGCAGCCGCGGCGGCAGAGAGGGCGGGAGGGUGGCCCACGGCGGCCGAGGCUGCUGAUGUCAUCGGCAGGAGCAGGUCAAGGCACCAGCACCCGGCGCAGCCGCAGCCGGCGGCCGCUGCGGCGGCGGGGGCGGCCGCAGCCGCCCUGCCGCAGCCGCCGCGCCCCAACGCGCCGCGGCGGCACGCGGAGCAAGAGCAGGCGUGCGCGCGCAGCGUGUCACCCAAGGGAGAGGCGCAGCUCGUGCCCGACGGCGCAGCAGCAAACGUGCGGGAGGCCGCGCCGAAGGACGGGGAUGAGGAGCACGAGCAGGCGCCGGGGCCGCAGGCGCAGCAGGGGCAGCAGCGUGACCACGAUCCGGAGCUGCAGCAGCAGCAGCUGGAGAGGCAGUCAACGGUGCAGCACCAAUCUCAACAGGAGGUGCAGCAGCAGGAGGUGCGGCAGCACGAGCAGGAGGAGCCAACACAACCAGUGGCGGCAGUUACGGCGCAGCAGCAGCAGCAGCAGCAGCGCACGCAUAAACAGCAGCAGCAGCAGCAGCAACACCAGCGGCAAAAGCAGCAGCCGGAGUCCCUGCCACCGCCGCCCCCGCCGCGGCCGCAGCAGGAGCAGCAGCAGCAGCAGCAGCCGCAGCAGCAAGCCACCAACGCAGCUGCGCUUGCUCCCUGCGCCGCAGGCCCCGAGGUUCCCGCCCUCAACGUAGCAGGCCAGGCACCUUCGGACGCAAGCGCAACACCCUCCUGCAUUGAGGGCCCGAUCGGUGCAGCACCUGCAGGCAGCGGCGCCAGCCGGGGCGGAUUUAGGGAAGUGGAUGGCAGCCCUGCAAAUGCAAGCAGCAGCACAACGCCACAGCCGCCCACCCGCGGCCAGCAAGCGGGCGGCGGGGGCCCAAUCGCCGGCGCAGCGGCCGGCGCCCGGCGGCUCGAUGGCGCCCACGGCGAGCGCGGCGCCGCGCGCGGCGACGCGCGCUACGGCGAGCUGCUGGCCCGCCUGGCGCGCUUCCUGCCGGCAGUCAAGGAUGUGGCGGCCGCCGCCGCCGCCGACGGCGCGGCGCCGGGGGACGCGGCGGCGUUCGAGGCGGCGUGGGAGCUGAUUCAGGGCGAGCUGGCGCCCCUCGUGGCGGCUGCCAAGGCGGCAGCUUCCCAGGCGGCGCGGCUGCAGCUGCUAGACCGGGAGGUGGCGGAGCUGAAGCGGCUGCUGGCGCUGAUAAGGAGCCGCGUAGGGGAGGGGGACGACGGCGGCGGCUGCGACGACGCCGCGGUGGAGCAGCAGGUGGGGGGUCCCGCCGGAAGCUGCCGAGCACCUGCGUGA